AUGGCAGUCUCUGAUGGGGAAAGCAUGAGAAGUGGGUAUCAAGGAAGAUGUUCACCUACGAUAUUAUCUCCUUGGAGUACCUCGCUUUGGGGGCUCUCAAGUUUUCGUGAUCCGAGAAUACCGGUGCCUAGUUUGAACAUGUCUUCGCAAACGAGUGACGAAUCAGUGCCUCAUAUCUUGAAUGAGAGUCAAAUUUAUUAA